GGAGCCCGGCCGGGCAGGGGCGGGGAUAACGGGCCGGAGCCCUCUCCGAGCGGCCUCCGAAGUCUGGCCGCCACCUUUCGGGCCUGGUCACAGGCCGCCGAGUCCCGACGGCCUGGCUGGGAGCUUAUAUUACGUCUCAGAUUCAUCCAAAGGUCGCCCCAGCUCUUGUAGGUCCUUUGUUCGGCCGCAUCGCCUCCCCCGGCCGGGCCGCGGCUACUCUUGUGGGCGUCCCUGGCCUCUUGGGGAGGAAGACUGCAGCCUGAGCGCCCGGGUUUCCCCCGACUGGCCCUUCUGCUUUGGGACCUGGCUCUGGGGAAAAUCGACUGGCCACCUUUGAAAGAUCUCGGCGCGUUGCUCAGGCGGAGCUGUGGCAGGCAACUUCCGGCCAGGGUUCUCAAGCCCCGCCAAAAUGGCGAGCGAGCUUCGGAAGGAAUAUGGGGCCAAUGUGCUUCCUGCAUUUCCCCCAAAGAAGCUUUUCUCUCUGACACCCGCUGAGGUAGAACAGAGGAGAGAGCAGUUAGAGAAGUACAUGCAAGCUGUUCGACAAGACCCAUUGCUUGGGAGCAGUGAGACCUUCAAUAGUUUCCUGCGUCGGGCGCAACAGGAGACACAGCAGGUCCCAACAGAAGAGGUCUCCUUGGAAGUGCUGCUUAGCAACGGGCAGAAAGUUCUGGUCAAUGUGCUAACUUCAGAUCAGACUGAGGAUGUCCUGGAGGCUGUGGCUGCAAAGCUGGAUCUUCCAGAUGACUUGAUCGGAUACUUUAGUCUCUUUCUAGUUCGAGAAAAAGAGGAUGGAGCCUUUUCGUUUGUACGGAAGUUGCAAGAGUUUGAGCUGCCUUAUGUGUCUGUUGCCAGUCUUCGGAGUCAAGAGUAUAAGAUUGUGCUAAGGAAGAGUUAUUGGGACUCUGCCUAUGAUGACGAUGUCAUGGAGAACCGGGUUGGCCUGAACCUGCUUUAUGCUCAGACAGUAUCAGACAUUGAGCGUGGAUGGAUCCUAGUUACCAAGGAGCAGCACCGGCAGCUCAAAUCACUGCAAGAGAAGGUCUCCAAGAAGGAGUUCCUGCGGCUGGCCCAGACGCUGCGGCACUAUGGCUACUUGCGCUUCGAUGCCUGUGUGGCUGACUUCCCGGAGAAGGACUGUCCCGUGGUGGUGAGCGCAGGCAACAGUGAGCUUAGCCUCCAGCUCCGCCUGCCUGGCCAGCAACUCCGUGAAGGCUCCUUCCGGGUCACCCGCAUGCGGUGCUGGCGGGUCACCUCCUCUGUGCCACUGCCCAGUGGAGGCACAAGCAGCCCAGGUCGGGGCCGGGGUGAGGUGCGCCUGGAACUGGCUUUUGAAUACCUCAUGAGCAAGGACCGGCUACAGUGGGUCACCAUCACCAGCCCCCAGGCUAUCAUGAUGAGCAUCUGCUUGCAGUCCAUGGUAGAUGAACUGAUGGUGAAGAAAUCCGGCGGCAGUAUCAGGAAGAUGCUACGCCGGCGGGUGGGGGGCACCCUGAGACGCUCAGACAGCCAGCAAGCCGUGAAAUCCCCACCGCUGCUUGAGUCACCUGAUGCCAGCCGGGAGUCCAUGGUCAAACUCUCAAGCAAGCUGAGUGCCGUGAGCUUGCGGGGGAUUGGCGCUCCCAGUACAGAUGCCAGUGCCAGUGAUGUCCACGGCAAUUUCGCCUUUGAGGGCAUUGGAGACGAGGAUCUGUGACCUCCAGAGCUCGGAUGUCUGCCCUCUACCCUGGAGGAGUGUUCAGAAACUUGCCCUGUGCCUGUAUCCCCCAAACUGGGGUAUUUUUCUUCGUAUCGUCCCCUUUUCUCCUCGGCCAGGGGCCUCCUAACCUGCCUUCCCUUUCCCUCCCCAGGGCUGGCUAUACAAAGGAUCGCUCAGAGCUGGCCUUCAAUGCCAAAUUAGCAUUUAGUAUUUUGCACAAAGUCCACGGGACCAUGGCUACCUGCCUGGGGAGGAACCACAACUCCCCCCAGGCUGCUUCUGGCUUCUCGGGGCCAUGAGCCAAGGGGAUGGGCAGAGGUCUGUGUAUGGUCUGGCCCAGCUCCCCGUCAUUAAACUCAGCCUGAUUGCUGCCUA